CUCGUGUCUGUGCGCGACAGCCAGUACACACUACACAGACAGGCAGUGGUGCUGUGAGCUCCUCCGGAAACCUCGCCACCCCCAGUCUCGCUCGAGCAGAACUACAAGCUUGGGGAAAAAAAAAUCUCCGAUGGCUCCGCCCGCUUCGCACGCCGGCGCCGCGCUGGUGCGCCUCCCACCCCGCCGCGCGCCGAGCUCCCUGCCGCAGCAAGGUUUUGGCCGCGCCGGAGCCUCGCGGGUGGCCGUGCGUGCCACCAAGGACUCGGACGGGUUCAGACGUCUGGUCUCUGAGAAGCCCGAGUGGCCGGCGCCGGCGCCGGCGAAGCGGGAGGGGCUGGAUGGUUUCGGCCGGGAGGCGAGCAAUGGGGAGGAAGACGGGCAGGUGCAGGGCGAGCUGGCUCCGUGGAGCGUUCUCAACCAGCUGGGCGUCGAGUUGGAUUCUGACAGUUCAUAUACUGCUCUAGUCUAUGGGUCCUCCGCCAUUGUUGCUAUUUGGAUAUCAUCAAUAGUGGUUUCUGCACUUGAAUCAGUCCCCGUGGUUCCUCAGGUGAUGGAAGUGGUUGGCCUCGGCUUCACAGUUUGGUUCACCUCGCGAUAUCUGAUAUUUAAGGAAAACAGGGACGAGUUGAUCAUGAGAAUCAGCUCCAUCAAGAAGCAGGUACUUGGGUCUCGUGACGACUGAGCAAUUUCCGGGCGGUCUGUUGUAGUUGUAGUGAAAAGAUGCUGCACUGAAACAUGGAUGGUGUUUUUGAAGAGAUGACCUGGUACCCAUACCUGCUUUCCCUUUUUCGACAAAAAAUGUUCUGAAUAAUUAGUAUAUUUUAUUUCCAGGCCUGCCUUGAGAUCGUGUCCGUUUCUAAAUUAGUUUUAGCGAGUCGUGUCACUGGACCGUUGCGCCUUUCUGUCACACCGUUGGAAUAAAGUGUAGAUGCCGGGCAAUGGGCAAUGCCGGCUUGCGGAAUUCUUUGUGUUGCAUGCGACCCGCUGGGGUGGCUAAUUAUUCAAGUCAUCGUUCAUGACGAUAUA